AUGGGUAUCGAAGCACUCGAUUUCCCCCAAAUGUGGGAACGUCCCAGUUACACUCAACUAGCAGACAUUCUCCAGAGUCUCGAACUUAGCCCUCCAAUCUGGAACCACAAGCGCCGUCGCUCUGAGAUCAUCGAGGAGCAAGAAUCUCUCGCCAGCCAGCGCAAGGCAGAAGUCACUCGGUAUCUCUCCUCUAUCAUCAAGAGCCCCUUGUCAUGGAUCGACGACGAUGAUGAAAAGGAGGUUCUCUGGACGCAGGCAAGCAAGCGCAUGUCGGAGCGGUGUGGACGCACAGCUAUGGGAGAGGUUAUUCGCAGGUGGCCUUUUGGAGAGGGGAACGAUGAGUUCGAGUUGAUCAUUCGAGAACCGGCGCUCACAGGAGAUUCUUUGGGUUUCAAGACUUGGGGGUCUUCAUAUGUGCUAUCGCAGCAUCUUCCUCGCAUGGCGGAGACAUCUCUAUUUCGAUUAUUCGAUGAGACGUUGGGCCAACCACGACCUGAUGUCCUUGAACUCGGUUCUGGGACUGGACUCUUGGGCCUUGCUGCAGCAGCUCUAUGGAAAGUCCCCGUAGCACUCAGUGAUCUUCCAAACAUCGUUCCAAAUCUCAGAGAGAACGUGGCCAAGAACACUGAGCUUGUCAAGUCUCGUGGGGGAUCGCUCACAGUUGGCGAUCUCACCUGGGGAGGGAGCGAAGACGAGGUCGAUCAGACCCUGUUUGGGCAACCGAAUCAGUUCAAGAUUGUCCUCGCGGCUGAUCCCAUGUACGACGAUGAACACCCAGCGCUUCUCGCCUCAGCCAUCAGCGACCACCUUGCUCUUGGCUCCGAUUCACGCGCUGUCGUCAUGGUCCCGCGUCGGGAUGCCACCACAGAACGCCUCCUCGAGUCGUUCCGCCAGGCUAUGCUUGACCUCGACACCCCCUUGUUCUGUGAGGAAGAGGACGAACUUGCGGGGCAGGACGACUGGGUUGAGGACGAUGACGCGGGCAAUGUGCGGUGCUGGCUGGGUGUCUUCAGCCGUGGUGGCUCACCGCCGUCUCAAGUCGGUGAUGCAGCACCCAUAGAGCACUCUCUGACUGGCCACGGCAGCCAGUGA